AUGCCCUCAGCCGAACCAUGCCAGUCGGUCGCCAUUGUUGGCACCGGAAUGGCUGGCCUUAUCACUGCAUACUUAUUGAGGAACGACUCACGUGGUAGAUUUGAUGUGGAGGUAUUUGAGAAGCAAAAAGAAUUGUCGCUUGACUCGGCAUCGCUUACUGUCUCCACCGACUCGGGAACAGAACAGCGGGUGGAUCUACCCAUGCGAGCCUUUGCAAGCGGCUUUUACGACAAUCUGAGACGCAUGUACGACUAUCUGGAAGUUCAAUAUGGUCCGCAAAGAUUCAUGUUUCCAUUCUCAACGGUUUCAAAAUCAAAACCAAAUGAUAUCCAUACGCGAUUCAUUCAUUCAUCUCACAACCAUCAAUUCCCCCCACUUCGCCCGCGAGGGUCUUCAUGGGCAUCGUGGCUUGCCGAGGCCCUCUACCUUUUAGCAUGUCACCUCUGGAUCGUCGCCUGUUCUUUUCUCAUCGAGCCCAAACAGGGCGAUGGCUCACCAUCAGAAACCUUUCGCCAAUACGCGGCGAGGAUCCGCUUGCCACAAUACUUUCUGAACCAUUACUAUCUACCCAUCAUGUCCGCGGUGACAACAUGUCCCCAUGAUGCACUGUUGGAUUUCCCAGCCAUUGAUAUUGUUGAUUAUCAGGCGAAAACCUUCCGAAAGCCGCAUUACACCGUCAUUGGUGGCGUCAGUAAAGUUCAAGAUAAACUUGCCAAGGGUCUGAACGUGCGAUAUUCUUCAGCGGCGAUUAAGGUUGAGAAUGUCGGCACCAGAGUCCAACUGAGGUGGAAGAACGACGAAACCGGCUUGGUGGAAUCCAAGCUGUACGAUCAUGUCAUCAUGGCUGUCACCCCGGAUGUUGUCCGCGCGAUCUUCCCACCUUUACGGGAGGUGCUGACUGUAAUCCCGACUGCUACCGUCCCAGCAUAUGUGCACCGUGAUUUUGACCGGUUGCCGAAAUGCAGCCAGGUCGUUAAUGGUACCAUACACUCGGAACCUGGUAUUCCACCCCCUGAACAAAUUCACCUUUGUUCCAAUUCUUCAUCAACCGAGUUCACACAUGAGCAUCUGUCUUCCGUUAUUAUCACAACCUCGCCUAUUCUUCCCAUUGAUCCCACGAAGAUAGAACACACUGUGACAUUUACCCGAACUCUUCGUACUCCUACCAGUCGGAAAGUGACGAACGAAAUCUUCGGCUCGACAAAUGUUGGAGACUCAAAACAGUGGCGAAACGGUGACGGAAAUGUGUGGCUUGUGGGGAGUUGGUGCUGGGAUGGAAUGGUUCUGCUCGAGGGAUGCAUCGCCUCGGCCCUGCGAGUAGCAGAUAAGCUCGACAUUGAGGUUCCAUGGGCUUCAUAA